UUUCUUUGCAGCACAGAGAGCUUCUUGGCCUCUUCAUGAUACCCGACACUACAAACUUGGACCAUCUUUCUCAAAAUCAUUUGAGUGUUUCGGUUUUUAUAAGGCGUGAGUCCUAGUUUGAAUUACAGCACAUACGCUGUUUUCUGUAGGUUUAACUGCACAGAACAAUCGCUUUGGAUCUCCGGCAGGUUUUUUCUUCAAUUUGCCUUUUUCAAAGCAUUCCGUUUUUGUUGCAGAAACAGACGUCUGCUGUUCAUGUGAAAUAACAGUUCAUUGUUGAAGAGCUGUGACCCCCUCAACUAACCCUGACCGGAAACCACACUACAAAGUAAGGACUAUCUCGUCACCAUGUCCUUUGAGGAAGACCCCUACAUCUUCUCCACCGACACUCUACCCAGCGACCGCCGCUUUCUCCCUCCUCUGGCCAAUGGGCUUCUGGGAUGGAGGGUGUAUAACAACAUUAUGCACAUGGGUGGCGUGUAUAACGGGGAGGGGGGACGUUGUCACAGAGCAGACGUCCCCUGUCCCCUCGCCGUGAAGGUUGAGACAGAAGAACCAGGCCAGAACGCAUACAGCAUGAACACACACACAGGCGUUUUUACCCACACUCUGAGCUUGGCAAGUGUAUCGGUGACCCAGUCUCUGUAUUCCCACCGAUAUUACCCCAACAUGAUGGUGAUGGAGGUCCUGCUGGUGCGCCAGGUGACUUCCGAGGAGCCGAUCAGUGUCAAUCUGGUCGGUUCAUUCACACCUCAGAGCAAAGACAUUGUUUUCGAGUCUGGUCCUGAUUACAAAGGAGGAAGUCACAUCCAUGGAAAGGUGACCACAGCUGAGUACCCAGGAGGUUCCUGUCCAGCAGUGCACCUUAUCUGGACACCAAUCCCCCCCACCCUGACGCUGAAUGCAGACCAGAGCCAGGGCCGCUGGGGCUUUGUCCUGGUUGUGGCCAACAGUUUAGAGUCCGCUGAGAACACAUUUGACGAGAGCCUGGAUCUGAUGGCGACUGGUAAACUGCGUCCGUCUCACGAGAAGGCCUGGAAAGAACUGUGGCUGCAGAGCACGGUGGAGGUGAAGGGGUCAGACAGCCUCUGCAAGGCUCUGAUUGGCUGCAUGUUUUACCUCCUCAGUGCUUUCCCCUCCAUCAACAACACCUCCAGCUCUUUUGGGGGAGUCAGUCCCGGCGGGCUGUCUAAUGGCGGGGAUGGUCAGGACUACUGGGGACACAUUUUCUGGGACCAGGACAUUUGGAUGUAUCCUGGCAUAGCCCUCUUCUACCCCAAGCUAGCUCGAUCUGUGCUGGAGUACAGGGUGGGGACUGUAGAAGGUGCAAAAGACAACGCACAAAAGCAGGGCUUCAAGGGACUGAAGUUCCCAUGGGAGAGUGCAGUGUCAGGCCGGGAGGUGUGUCCCGAGGACAUUUAUGGACAACAAGAGAUUCACAUAAAUGGAGACGUCACCCUGGCCUUCCAACACUAUCUCUACCUCACUGAGGAUGUGUCCAUGUUCAAAGAGGGCCAGGGCAAGGAGGUGAUAUACGGUGUGGCCGAUUACUGGGUUUCUAGAGUAUCAUGGAACCCCGAGGACAAGAAGUAUCAUCUCUUAGGUGUCAUGCCACCUGAUGAGUAUUAUUACAAUGUCAACAACUCAGUGUACACAAACACAGUGGCCAAAUUCAGUCUCCAGUUCGCUGUAGAGUUGGCUGAACUCCUCCAAGAUCCUGCACCGAAGGAAUGGCAAGAAGUGGCCGAUCAACUCAAAAUACCUUUUGAUGAAGAAUCCCAGUACCACCCCGAGUUCGAUGGCUACAUCAAAGGUUUAUUUUUUGUCAUCCAGGUGAAACAGGCAGACACAGUGAUGCUGGGAUACCCUCUUGGUUUGCAAAUGUCCCCAGAGAUCAGGAGAAAUGACCUGGAGGCGUACGAGCCAGUGACAGACCCUGAUGGUCCGGCCAUGACAUGGGGUAUGUUUGCGAUCGGCUGGCUGGAGCUGGGGGAGGCUGAGAAAGCUCAACAUUUACUGGAGAAGUGCUUCAAAAACAUCCAGCCACCGUUCCAGGUAUGGAGUGAAUCAUCCGAUGGCUCUGGUGCGGUUAACUUCCUCACAGGGAUGGGGGGAUUCCUGCAAGCUGUGCUGUUUGGUUAUACUGGCUUCAGAGUUCAGAAGGAAUGCCUGGCCUUUUCCCCGCAUCUUCCCAAUGACAUUUCUGAGCUCUGUGUACGCGGUGUGAACUACCUGGGCAGUCAGAUGGACUGGCUGCUGAGGAAAGACGAAGUCUGUAUCAUACUGAGGGAACAGGAAAAAACAGCUGGCAGCACUAAGCCCUGUGAUCUGCAGGUGGUCCUGAAGACAUCAGGAACUAAAAUCCCUCUCACACCAGGGAAGCCAGUAACCUUUCCUCUGGAGCCCGGGUGUGUUUGUAAACUGGUUUCGAUGUCUUUGUGUUGGCCUCUCUGAAACAUCAACCAUGACCCAUCAUCAUCAUUUCAUCUACACAUAAUAAAACAUAUCUUUAGAUCUUUAGAUCAAUGCUAGUGAUAAGCAGUAGUAUCAUAAUAGUAUGCCAUGUUACAAAGUCAUGUACUAUCAAUAAUAUUGUAUUGUAAAUUAAAUACAUUCAAAUAAAACUCCUUACAUUCGG